CCCAUAGCCGCCUUCCGCAGGAAUCGUAUCAUAUGUCCGCUAUCCAGAACCUCCACUCUUUCGACCCCUUUGCUGAUGCAAGUAAGGGUGAUGACCUGCUUCCUGCUGGCACUGAGGAUUAUAUCCAUAUAAGAAUUCAACAGAGAAACGGCAGGAAGACCCUUACAACUGUCCAAGGGAUCGCUGAUGAUUAUGAUAAAAAGAAACUAGUGAAGGCGUUUAAGAAGAAAUUUGCCUGCAAUGGUACUGUAAUUGAGCAGCAUCCAGAAUCUGGAGAAGUAAUUCAGCUACAGGGUGACCAGCGCAAGAACAUAUGCCAGUUCCUGAUAGGGAUUGGACUGGCUAAGGACGAUCAGCUGAAGGUUCAUGGGUUUCAAGUGCUUGUGGCUCUCUGAAGCUUAAGUGAAGAUUUCCUUGCAAUGAGUAGAAUUUCCCUCUGUCCCUUGUCACAAGUUUAAAAACCUCACAGCUUGUAUAAUGUAAUCAUUUGGGGUCCGCUUUUAACUUGGACUAGUGUAACUCCUUCAUGCAAUAAACUGAAAAGAGCCAAAAAAA